AUGGUUGAGGAUAUGGGAAGCAGUCUGAUGAGCGCACGAGGAUACGACAGUGAUGCCCAGUGCAUUGGAAGUCCUCAGCAUGCGGGCCGUAUGAGAGCGUUGCCCAGAAGCCCGGCAUCGCGCAGGAUAGGGUUGCAUGACCUAAUAGAGCGCAGUCGUGAGCGAAAUGAUUUGGAGAUGUGGGCGGGAGCUAAGAUCCAUGAUCAAUCCAGUACCCCGAGAACUCCCUUCGGGAUGCAGUAUAUACCAACGCCACCAGGAAGUAUGACGGGGCGCUCAGCUCACCCUACCUCUGCAGCCGAAGGCACAUGUAGCCAGUCCAUGUCUUCAUUCAGAAAUGAGCAGUCUGGCGAGCCAAACUUGUCCACGAGAUCUCUUCCAAACCUUCAUGCCAGUCAAAAAGGGCUGGCUCCAGCAAAUGAAGAUCAUCAACAAUCUAGAGAAGGCUUUGUGGGUGGUAGUAGCAGCGGUGAGAACCUCCAGAAUCUUGUGGCUCACUGGGCUCAGUACAUGGGAUCAAAUCCCAAUGAUUAUCGUGCGGCACCUUCCGCGUCGCUAGCCAGGAAAGAUCCGGGAAUCAUGGUUUCCAAAACACGACACCCAACAACUUCUAGCUCUCCGGAGACACACCCUGAGACCAGAGUACCGCAUCUUGGUGAUCUAGAUCUUUCGCACAGACUCGCAGGGACAAGCAUGGGGUCCGGAGCACCAUCAACUAAUCCGUCCAUGUUGGAACUGCCACGUGCCAACAGGUACGGGCCACAAUUGGCAUCGCAAGAGAAUUUUUAUCCAUAUGAGGGAUCUGGGACAUCGACACUUGUGGGAUCCGAGCCCCAGAAGCAAGCUAUGCAUCAUCAACGAGAUGCGUCCUCUUUCUACUCACGCCAAAGCAGUAACCCUUCACGAGGGGCAUCUGCCGUCCAAUCGCUGAGAGUCCACGCUGCAAAUGCAAUAGAAAACUUACCCAAUAUCCAUGCACAAAUGGUUGCGGACACUGCCCCAAUUCGAAAUGAACUGGAACCAGCUGCCGACGUUGUAAAAAGCAGGUUUAUUGAGCAACUUGAGGCGGCAAACUGGGAAUCGCCGCAGCUUCAUGGGAUUUCCAAUGGCGCUCAUGUUGCCGGUCCACAUCGCAGAGUUAGUCCCGCCUGGAUGACUGGGGGCCAGCGAAUGGGCUAUGGUUAUAACUUGGUGGACAAUGCCGAGGAACACUCACCAAAAGUCGUAGGGAACAGCAGUCCACUUUCGAAAGGGAAUUGGCAAAGAGACACUUCGGAGCCCAGGUCCGGAGGCGCUAAUGGACAAGGGCUGAAAUCAUCGACCGAGCAUCAGACCAAGCUGGCAUUAUUAGCUCAGCCAUCUACACCUGACCAUGAAUCCAAUAUAUCUGACAGCCGACGGUCUCCUAUGAGCAAAAGCCCUACCAAUACCAAGGGAAACCCCAUUUUGACCCCAACGAUGUGGGCCAAAAUGAAAAGCCAUUCAGUUCGAGGCCAUUCAGUUCGAGGUAAUAGUCACGCACCGCUGGCAGUGGAUGUGGCUGGUGAAGGAAUGGGUGCAGGGGAAGCCUGCCGUGAAAGCUCGAACCGCGCGCAACACAUUGAGUCGCCAAUCUCUGCAAAAACGCCUAGUUCUGCAAAGAGCUUUUAUAUCGAAGACGUCGACGAAACGCUCUUAAGUCGAUGGGCGAAGGCCAGCCGGUCCACACGAAAACCACCACAGCCGGACAAGUACCACGAUUCAACCUAUGGGCGCAAUGCCAGUACUUCAGAUGCCUCACCGCUUGGCGAACGUCGCUUCUCGAUGGAUCAGACUAACAGUCGGCCGUCCGUGUACUUCGAUCCGUCGCAUAACAAGAGUGCGGACAAAUUGAACGGAGAACCUUCUCGCUCUCGCAGUGGACGUUGGAUACUAGGGUUUUCCAGAAACAGAGAAAGCAAGAGACGUUCGAACCUCCCUCGAAGGGAACCAUCUCAGGAAUCGCCAGUACAGUACGAAGAGCGUCCGUCGAGUGACCUCGGACGAGCAAACUCUACCAGAAGCGAUAUGGCAGAGGAUCUUGCUAGUGCGUAUCAGGAGUGCAUUGGAAUGCCUGGGGCUUUUUAUGGAAGCCGGUGGGCGAGCCGAACGAGUCUGGUGGUGGAGGCGGAGGCAGAGUGA